AUCCCGAAUUCCCGUCAAAGAUUUGUAAUAUUAAUAAACGAUUAAACUUUCUAAAAAAUCUUGCCACAGAUAUUUCACGCAUAAUGAAAUUUUCUAUCUUUUUCACGCUCACUAUCAUUUUUUUUGCUACGGCUCUUGUAUCAACAGUCAUUGAAGGUUAUCACGCUGAAGUUGUUAGAAACGUUCUCGCAGAAUGUAAGAUUUGGGUUACAGAUAAUAAUGGUAAUUAUGUAGCUGGUAAUAAACAUUACCAUAGAUGCGACAAUAAUCCUCCAAAUUUAAAUAUUGAUACAUUAUCAAAUGAUUCAUACUGGCUUAUUGCAAGUGUUGAAGGUAGUGGUAGACAAGAUAAGCGUCGUGGACCACUUAACAAUGAUUUCUGCUAUAUUAUUUACGGUGAUGCUGCUAAUUGGCGUUUUAACACCUGGGAUUAUUGUAAUAGUCAGUCUUAAUUAACUUAGUUAUCUUAAUCUUUUCAAUUAAAUUUGCUAAUAUACAUUAUUUGUACUUUUUUAAUGUUGAACAAUUUAAUAAAUUUAUAAUUUAUGACUAAUAAUAU